CAAAAACACGUUACACUUGGAAGCAAGAUAGCACUUGUUCCCAUUUUAGCCUUGAGAUAUUUUAAGCAUCACUACCGAUCACCCUCUAUAUAUAGAGUGUCCUCAUACACAUGAAAAAUCCCCAUUAGUUUUCAUCAAGAGCUAGCACUUAAUCUAUUUUAAUUUUUCUCCAAGAUGGUUCUGCUAGAGAAGCUGUGGGAUGAUGUUGUGGCUGGCCCUCAACCUGAGCGUGGCCUUGGCGCCCUCAGGAAGCUGACCACCAACAUCAAAGAUGAAGGAGAAGGUAGCAAAUUACAGAGAAACUUGUCCAUGCCUCCGACACCAACAACCCCAGGGACACCCACAACACCUGGGUCGGGGCGUAAAGCUGACAACGUUUGGAGGAGCGUGUUCCAUCCUGGUAGCAACUCCGCCACAAAGACCAUCGGUGGUCAAAUGUUUGACAAACCACUCCCCAACACCCCCACUGUCUAUGACUGGCUCUACAGCGGGGAGACAAGGAGCAAGCACCGCUGAGGUGGGGGCCGUGGGUGGUGGUUGCAUGUAAAUAGUGUCCUUUUUGUUGAUCUCCUGCCACGUGUUUGCAUCGCGUUGUGUUUUGAAUGGCCUGUUAUGAUCAUCCGGUUUAGUUUUGUGAGGAUGUGAUCUUGCAUAAGUAAUUAGUAGUAGUAAGCUUUGUUUGUACUAAUUCUUAAGUUUUGUAAUCAAGAACUGCGUGAACUAUCUCUAGCUAUGGUAUGGUUUAAUCUUUGUUUUUCCGUAUGUGAUGAUGGCUUAACCAAUCUCUUAAUAUAAUAAGAAGUUUGUAUAA